CAAUUAAAGAUGAUAGUCAUCAUAGUAAAUUAUCAUUAUCAUCAUCAUCAUUAUCAAAGAAAAAGAAACCACCACCAUUACAAAUUAUGGAUAAUAGUAAUGUACCAUUAUCUGGUGGUCGUGGCAGUAUCGAUGAUCCAAAAACACCCAAUACACCUGGUCCAUUAUCGGCUGAAUCAAAAUUACGUAAACAAUUGGAAAAAGAACGAAAAAUUGGUCAUCGAAGAGUGGAUGAAGAAGGACAAGUUACAUAUAAAAAAUUUCCAACCACACAGAUUAUGGGAUCAAUACAAUUAGGUAUUGGUCAUACUGUCGGUUCAUUAGCAUCAAAACCAGAACGUGAUUUAUUAAUGAAAGAUUUUAUGGAAAUUGAAUUAGUACAAUUUAAUAAAGAAGGUUCACAAACAACACCGGCUCAUCAUUAUAGUGAUUUUAAAUUUAAAGUAUAUGCACCGAUUGCUUUUCGUUAUUUUCGUGAUCUAUUCGGUAUACAACCGGAUGAUUAUCUAUUAUCAUUAUGUAAUGAACCAUUACGUGAACUAUCAAAUCCUGGUGCUUCAGGCAGUGUUUUCUAUCUAACAUUUGAUGAUAAUUUUAUUAUUAAAACUGUUCAACAUAAAGAAGCAGAAUUUCUACUUAAAUUAUUACCCGGCUAUUAUAUGAAUCUGAAUCAAAAUCCACGUACAUUACUGCCAAAAUUUUUUGGACAAUAUUGUUAUAUUUGUGGUGGAAAAAAUGUUCGUUUUGUUGUUAUGAAUAAUCUAUUGCCAAGUUAUGUUAAAAUGCAUCAAAAAUAUGAUCUAAAAGGUUCAACAUAUAAACGUAAAGCAAAUAAAUAUGAACGACAAAAAACAUCACCAACAUAUAAAGAUUUAGAUUUUAUUGAUCAUCAUCCUGAAGGCAUAUAUCUUGAAGUUGAUACAUAUAAUGCAUUGAUUAAAACAAUGCAACGUGAUUGUCGUGUAUUGGAAAGUUUUAAAAUAAUGGAUUAUUCACUUUUGGUUGGUGUACAUAAUCUUGAUCAAUCGGCCAAAGAAAAAGAAGAACGUUAUCGUGCUCAAGCUGAACAAGCAGCAUUAGAAUUAUGUAAAAAUUCAGAUACAAAUCAAUUGGAUAAUAUCAAUCAAAAACAAUCAUGUCUUGUGAGGCAAAAAUCAACGAAUAAACAGCGAAUAGCUGCAUUUUCCACUGCACUUGAAUCAAUACAAGCCGAAAUCGAUCCUAUCGAUCAAGAAGAGGAUAUUCCACCGGGUGGAAUACCAGCCCGAAAUUCACAAGGCGAACGUUUAUUAUUAUAUGUCGGUAUUAUUGAUAUUUUACAAAGUUAUCGUUUACGAAAAAAAUUAGAACAUACAUGGAAAUCAGUAUUACAUGAUGGUGAUACAAUUUCAGUACAUAGGCCCGGUUUUUAUGCUCAACGUUUUCAUGAUUUUAUGAGUACAAAAGUAUUUCGAAAAAUUCCAUCACUCGAUUUGCCCGAAAUCAAAGGUCAACAUCGAAAAUUUCGUAAUUUGGUUACAAGUUACAUAGGUCUCGCACUGAAUAAACCAUCCAAUAAACGACCACCAAUAAUCACCGCCAAUCAUAAUAAUACUAGUCAAAUGUUAAAUAAUAAUAAUCAAAAUCAAACAUCUUCUAUUACUAAUAAUAAUAAUGAUAAUAAUAUUCACGAAAAAUCUUACUCGGUUAUCGGUAUGACACAACCGAAAACGAAUCAUAAUAAACCGCCAAUACAAUCAUCAAAUACAAAUGUUAAUACAAAUUCACAACCAAAUUCAAUUCGUUAUAGUUUUAGCAGUGGUAUUGAUAAUUCAAAUAAAUAUCUUAAAACUGCUGUUAUUAAACAGACUGUUAAUAAACAACAAUCAAUAAUACAAAGUGUGAUCCAAAAACAACAAUUACAACAACAACAACAACAACAAUUUAUUAAUGAUCAGAAUCAUCCGGAAUAUGAAUCAACGGUAAAUAGUUCUGGUUCAUUUGCAUCAUCCGGUCUGGGUAGUAGUACACUUCGUAGCAAUAUUACAUGGACACCACCGCAUAGUAUUGGUACGGCAACACCAACACAUACUGAAGGAACACCAUCAUUGACUGAAUCAAGUGAAAGUGAAUAUUAUCCAACAACACCGAUACGAAUGUUACGUCAUAAAAUGAAUCAUCAUAAUCAAUCAUCAAAUCAUUCACGUUCGAUAAAAAAUGAACAAAAUAUUGAUGAUAAGAAUGUAGAUGAAGAAGAAGAAGAAGAAGAAGUGAAUUCAACAAAUCAACCAUUAAUUGAUUAUAUUACAUCAACAACAUUACAACGUGCAAUGACACCGAUACUAUCGACCAUUACUGAAGAUUGAUCGGAAUUAUUAUUUGCAUUUCCACAAUGGGAAAUGAAUAAUAUUUUUCAUUCACAACUGUUGGACCACAUUCAUUCUUUAUCUGUGUGUGUUUUUUUCCUGAAAUU